CUGUGAUGCCUAACCAACCGGAAGCGCGGAUUGAUUCCUCCAUGGUCAACAAGGGCGGAUAGAAAAAAGGGAGAAAUCAGACGAGUCCUUAUUAAAUAAUAAGCAAUUAAGCAUCGACCGGAAUUUGUCAAUAGGAAGAGGAAAGCGUUCAAAUCUUAAACUGAGUGAUUCUCCGCUGGAAGAAGGGAUUAUUCUGAGGAAUAUGGGAUCUACCUUCAGGGUCCUUACCUGCUGGGCACCGUAAUGGUGCUACCUAUCCCAGCUGAGCACUUCGCUUCCCUCUGAAGGAGCAGGAUGACAAGAUGGCACAGCUGCUUAUACCGCCCGGACCUGACAGCUUCCGCCCCUUCGUCCCCGAGUCGCUGGCCGCCAUCGAAAGGCGCAUCGCCGAGGAGGAGGCCCGGAGACCACGGGUGGAGCGCCGCAGCGACAGCGACGAUGAAAAUGGGCCCAAGCCCAACAGCGAUGUGGAGGCGGGGAAAUCUCUCCCCUUCAUUUAUGGGGACAUCCCUCCCGGCCUGGUGUCCACCCCUCUGGAGGACAUCGACCCCUACUAUAGCAGUCAGAAGACCUUCAUAGUAUUGAAUCGUGGGAAGGCAAUCUUCCGUUUCAAUGCCACUCCUGCUUUGUACAUCCUAAGUCCCUUCAAUCCUCUGAGGAGGAUAGCUAUUAAAGUUUUAGUGCACUCAUAUCCUUUUAGAGUUUGCUACAGAUGCAGCUUGAUUUGGAUUAAAGGAAAAACUCAUUUCACCUUCUUUUCCAGGUACACAUUUACGGGGAUUUACACCUUUGAGUCCCUUAUAAAGAUCCUGGCCAGGGGCUUCUGUGUGGGGAAGUUCACUUUCUUGCGAGACCCGUGGAACUGGCUGGACUUCAGUGUUAUCCUCAUGGCAUAUGUCACAGAGUUUGUGGACCUGGGCAAUGUCUCAGCACUGCGAACCUUCAGGGUUCUGCGAGCCCUGAAAACUAUAUCAGUCAUCCCAGGUUUGAAGACUAUUGUUGGUGCACUGAUCCAGUCAGUGAAAAAGCUGUCAGAUGUGAUGAUCCUCACCGUGUUCUGUCUCAGUGUCUUUGCCCUCAUCGGCCUCCAGCUCUUCAUGGGCAACCUGAGGCAGAAGUGCGUGCGCAUUCCUUUGGGCAGCAACACAACUUUGAACAACACACAUGAAAGCAACAACACAUUGGUGGAGAACAUCACAUUGGUGGAGAACGUCACAUUUAUGGAGAACAUCACAAAAAACUCCUUCGACUGGAUAGAGUACAUCAAUGAUGAGAGAAAUUACUAUUACCUCCCUGGCCGUAGGGAUGCUCUGCUCUGUGGAAAUGGCAGUGGUGCUGGGGUCUGCCCAGAGGGCUUUUCAUGUAUGAAAGCAGGUCGCAAUCCAGACUAUGGCUACACCAGCUUUGACACCUUCAGCUGGGCCUUCCUGUCCUUGUUCCGCCUCAUGACCCAAGACUACUGGGAAAACCUCUACCAGCAGACUUUGCGUGCAGCAGGGAAGCCCUACAUGAUCUUCUUUGUGCUGGUGAUCUUCCUGGGAUCUUUUUACCUGGUCAACCUGAUCUUGGCUGUGGUGGCCAUGGCUUAUGACGAGCAAAACCAGGCCACCAUCGAGGAGGCCCAGCAGAAAGAGGAGGAGUUCCAGGCUAUGCUGGAGCAGCUGAAGAGACAGCAGGAGGAGGCACAGGUUGCCGCGGCAGCAGCCACAGAGAGCGGCGAAUACAGCGGGAGAGGAGGCCCUACCUCCGAGUCCUCCUCAGGGACAUCUAAGCUCAGCUCGAAAAGUGCCAAAGAGCGACGCAACAGGCGGAAGAAGAGGAAGCAGAGGGAGGAAGAGGAGGAGAGGGGGUGCCGUGACAAGUUCCACAAAUCUGAGUCUGAGGACAGCAUCAAGAGGUCCAGCUUCCGUUUCUCUAUUGAUGCCAACAGGCUUUCUUAUGAGAAGAGAUGCUCUUCACCCAACCAGUCUCUUCUCAGUAUCCGUGGCUCAAUCUUCUCACCUCGGAGGAACAGCCGUGCAAGUCUUUUCAGCUUCCGUGGCCGUGCGCGAGACAUGGGCUCCGAGAACGACUUUGCGGAUGACGAGCACAGCACCUUUGAGGAGAGCGACAGUCGCCGGGGCUCCUUGUUCUUGCCGCGCCGCCUCGAGCGCCGGUGCAGUGCCGUUAGCCAGACCAGCCUCGGAGCACCUCGGAUAAUGCUGCCCGCCAAUGGCAAGAUGCACUGUGCAGUAGACUGCAACGGUGUGGUGUCACUGGUCGGUGGAACUUCUGUAACAACCUCUCCUGUAGGUCUCCUGCUGCCUGAGGGGACAACUACAGAUACUGAGCUUAAGAAACGGCGGUCGGGUUUUCACCAGCCAUCUAUGGAUUAUUUAAAUGAACCAGGUGGCCGACAGAGAGCCAUGAGUGUGGCCAGUAUCCUCACCAACACCAUGGAAGAACUUGAAGAGUCGAGACAAAAAUGCCCUCCUUGCUGGUAUAGAUUUGCCAACACCGGCCUGAUCUGGGAUUGUUGUCCUGCGUGGCUGAAAAUCAAAGAGAUUGUCAGCAUGGUGGUCAUGGAUCCAUUUGUGGAUCUAGCAAUCACAAUUUGCAUAGUCCUCAACACCCUUUUCAUGGCCAUGGAGCAUUACCCCAUGACAAAAGAAUUUGAUAAUGUCCUCUCUGUGGGAAACUUGGUGUUUACGGGCAUCUUCACAGCAGAGAUGUGCUUUAAGAUUAUCGCUCUGGAUCCUUACUAUUACUUCCAGGAGGGCUGGAACAUCUUUGAUGGCAUUAUUGUUAGUCUCAGCCUGAUGGAGCUUGGCUUGGCUAACGUUGAAGGGCUGUCUGUACUCAGGUCCUUCAGAUUGCUGAGAGUCUUCAAACUAGCCAAGUCUUGGCCUACUUUGAACAUGCUCAUCAAGAUCAUCGGUAACUCUGUGGGUGCUCUGGGAAAUUUGACUCUGGUGCUGGCCAUCAUCGUGUUCAUCUUCGCUGUGGUGGGCAUGCAGCUGUUUGGCAAAAACUACAAGGAGUGCGUGUGUAAGAUUUCAGAGGACUGCAUGUUGCCCCGCUGGCACAUGCACGAUUUCUUCCACUCCUUCCUUAUCGUGUUCCGGGUGCUGUGCGGAGAGUGGAUUGAGACCAUGUGGGACUGCAUGGAGGUGGCAGGACAGACUAUGUGUCUUAUUGUCUUCAUGAUGGUCAUGGUCAUUGGAAACCUGGUGGUUCUAAAUCUCUUCCUGGCUCUCCUACUGAGUUCAUUCAGUGCCGACAACCUGGCGGCAACCGAUGAGGACAGCGAGAUGAACAACCUGCAAAUUGCUGUGGGCAGGAUCCAGCGGGGCAUCGCAUUUGUCAAAAACUCAGUGCGGCAGUUCCUCCAGAGCUUGUGCUUUGGCAGGGGCGGAAAGGGCUCUGGUCUAGCUGAGGAAAGCAAACCCCUGGAUGAACUGCACAGCAAUGGCAAGGGCAACUGCAUUUCCAAUCACACAACAGUGGAAAUCACCAAAGACCCCAGUGGGGUGUACAUGAGGGAGGGCAACGGACGACCAGGAGGGCUGGUGGUUGGGGUCAGUGUAGGAGGGGACAGUACGGGAAAAUACCCAGUUGAGGACUGUGACUACAUGUCAUUUAUUCAUAACCCCAGCCUGACAGUCACGGUGCCUAUUGCUGUGGGCGAGUCAGACUUUGAGAACCUAAACACAGAAGAUUUCAGUAGCGACUCAUCUGACGUGGAGGGCAGCAAAGAGAAGCUCGACGCAGAGCCCCAGCCACUGAGCUCAUCGGAGGGGAGCACAGUCGAUAUCCGCCCCCCUGGAGAUGGGGUUGAUUCAGUGGAGCUGGAACCUGAGGAGUCACUGGACCCAGAAGCCUGCUUUACAGAGGGCUGUGUGCGCAGGUUCCAGUGCUGCCAGAUCAGUGAGGAGGGAGACAAGUUUAAGAGCUGGUGGACACUCAGGAAAACCUGCUUUAUCAUAGUAGAGCAUAACUGGUUUGAAUCCUUCAUCAUAUUCAUGAUUCUGCUGAGCAGUGGAGCACUGGCGUUUGAGGACAUUUACAUCGAGCAGCGGCGGACCAUCAAAACCGUGCUAGAGUACGCAGACAAAGUGUUCACUUACGUCUUCAUCCUUGAAAUGCUGUUAAAGUGGGUGGCAUAUGGCUUUGUCAAGUACUUCACCAAUGCCUGGUGCUGGCUGGACUUCUUAAUUGUAGACGUGUCCUUGGUCAGCCUGGUAGCAAAUGCUCUGGGCUACUCUGAGCUUACCGCCAUCAAAUCUCUGAGGACACUGCGAGCUCUACGGCCCCUGAGGGCCUUGUCUCGGUUUGAGGGCAUGAGGGUUGUGGUGAAUGCAUUGCUGGGAGCCAUCCCCUCCAUCAUGAACGUGCUGCUGGUCUGCCUCAUAUUUUGGCUCAUCUUCAGCAUCAUGGGUGUCAACCUGUUUGCGGGCAAGUACUACUACUGCGUCAAUGCCACCACGGAUGAGCCCUUCCCUAUCGAAGUCGUCAACAACAAGUCUGACUGCCUGAGCUUGAAUGACAGUGCCCGCUGGAAGAAUGUUAAAAUCAACUUUGACAAUGUGGGAGCCGGCUAUCUGGCUCUGUUGCAAGUGGCAACAUUUAAGGGUUGGAUGGACAUCAUGUAUGCAGCUGUGGACUCUCGGAAUUUGGAAGAACAGCCUAAAUAUGAAGUAAACUUGUACAUGUACCUCUACUUUGUCAUCUUCAUCAUCUUUGGCUCCUUCUUCACACUCAACCUUUUCAUUGGUGUCAUUAUCGACAACUUCAAUCAGCAGAAGAAAAAGUUAGGAGGUCAGGACAUCUUCAUGACUGAAGAACAGAAGAAAUACUACAACGCCAUGAAGAAGCUGGGGUCCAAGAAGCCGCAGAAACCUAUACCUCGACCAACAAAUGCUUUUCAAGGCUGUGUCUUCGACUUCAUCACAAAGCAGGCCUUUGACAUCGUGAUCAUGAUCCUCAUCUGCCUUAACAUGGUGACCAUGAUGGUAGAGACGGAUGACCAGACGAAAGAGAUGGACCAUAUCCUGUACUGGAUUAAUCUGGUCUUCAUUGUGCUCUUCACUGGGGAGUGUGUGCUCAAGAUGAUUUCACUGCGUCACUAUUACUUCACCAUUGGCUGGAAUAUUUUUGACUUUGUGGUGGUGAUCCUUUCGAUUGUAGGCAUGUUUUUAUCUGAAGUUAUCGAGAAGUACUUUGUGUCCCCAACACUGUUCCGAGUGAUACGAUUGGCCAGGAUAGGCCGAAUCCUCCGCCUUAUCAAAGGUGCCAAGGGCAUCCGGACGCUUCUCUUUGCCUUGAUGAUGUCACUCCCUGCCCUGUUCAACAUUGGCCUCCUCCUCUUUCUUGUUAUGUUUAUCUAUGCCAUUUUUGGCAUGUCCAACUUUGCUUAUGUCAAGCGGGAGGCAGGAAUCGAUGACAUGUUCAAUUUCGAGACCUUUGGGAACAGUAUGAUCUGUUUGUUUCAGAUUACCACCUCAGCUGGGUGGGAUGGCCUGCUGGCACCCAUACUUAACAAGAGGGACCCUGACUGUGAGAGCCAGCUGGAGCACCCAGGCAACUACUACAAAGGCAAUUGCGGCAAUCCAUCAGUAGGCAUCUUCUUCUUUGUCAGCUACAUCAUCAUCUGUUUUCUCAUUGUGGUCAACAUGUACAUUGCUGUCAUCCUGGAAAACUUUAGCGUGGCCACUGAGGAGAGCGCCGAGCCACUGAGCGAGGAUGACUUUGAGAUGUUCUAUGAAGUGUGGGAACGCUUUGAUCCUGAUGCUACGCAGUUUGUGGCGUACAGCAAACUCUCUGACUUUGCAGAUGCUCUGGAUCCACCUCUACGCAUACCUAAGCCUAACAUGAUUCAGCUCAUCUCCAUGGACCUGCCCAUGGUGAGCGGUGAGCGCAUCCACUGCCUCGAUAUUCUGUUUGCUUUCACUAAAAGAGUUUUGGGUGAAGGCGGUGAAAUGGACAUGUUGCGCGGACAGAUGGAGGACCGCUUUAUGGCCUCCAACCCCUCUAAGGUGUCUUACGAGCCCAUCACCACCACCUUGCGCCGCAAACAGGAGGAAACGUCUGCUAUAAUCAUCCAGAGAGCCUUCCGGCGCUACAUGAUCCGCCUGGCCAUGAAGAAGGCCUCAGCCCUCUACAAGGAGCAGUUGAAAGAGGGCAUGCAUGACCCUGACAAAGAUGUGAUGGUCAUCAGCAAGUUCAAUGAGAACUCCACGUCAGAGAAAAUGGACAUGACCCCCUCCACAGCCUCCCCGCCAUCAUAUAACAGUGUGACAAAGUCAGAUAAGGACAAAUAUGAAAAAGAAAAUAGGGAAAGAGAAAAUAAAGCAAAAGACUUGAAAGACCGAAAGAAAUAGACUUCUUAAAAAGGAACAACAACAAAAAAAGAAUGCAUCAGAGACAUGAGGGAACUUUGUUUAAAGCUUAUAUAUAUAGGGGAUAUUUAGAUUCACAUUUGUGUUGAUUGUUCCAACAUGAGGAGUCUGUGCCAUGUAGGCAUGGAAUGGGAAUGUGGUUAUGUCGAUAUAUGGGGAAUAUGAAAACAAACUAUCCAGCAGACACUGCCAGAGUUUGAGUGGGAAACAGAACAGCCUCUCUGCAAAACGCUUGUGAUUCUCCUAUUGGUUGUUGUUACUGACACACUUGAGUGUACUGUUAAGUUUUCUGUAGCUAGUGCUGCUGCUACUACUAUAAAUCCAGUGUCUUGAAUUUAACAAUCGCUGUAUCACUUAACAAUUGCUCCACAUUCUUCAGUGAAUUUUCCUUUCCAGUUUCCAGUUUCGUUUUUUAAUGCGAAAGAAUGUUUUCUACUUUGUUUUGUUUCAUUAUCGUGAGAAUGUGUCCACUGCUUUCACUGUUGUAAAAUCACCAAGGGCAGACUAAGUCAACGCUGGAAAAUACAACAACCACCUGAAACUUGUACAAUGCAGGGUCAAUGCCAGAAUACUCUUGGUUCAUACUGUAUACAAAGCUGAAAUAACGAACACGCCACUAAAGUGCAAUGAACAAACACAUUGCAUUUACUGAUGUACCAUCACUGAUUGUUGACAUCCGUAUUGUUCCUAUUUCAGUAGAAAUUACAAGUCUCCAAAUACAGAGAAGCUGAAUGUAUGCAAGCAAAGGAAUGAGACGCAUUAAAGGAAACUUGUUCUUUGGGAAAUACUCUUGAUUGCUCUUUUGUAGAGAGUUUGAUGACAAAAUUGCUACCACUCCCAUUUCCAUCUGUGUAGUAUAAAGCUAGAGCCAAGGGAUUGUUAGCUGAACUGAGCAUGAAGGCCAGACUCGGGCUAAAAGUGUCAAACAUCUAGAUUUUUCUUUGAGAAUGUAUGUAUAUAUAAAAUUGAGGUAAUUUUAGCAUACUAAUAAAAUAGCAGCAGAAGCCUUACACAAAUUCACGUAUGGAAUUGAUAAAGUCUUCAUUGGUAAAUUUAACUAUAGUCCCAUCAAGCCAGAGCACAGUCACUGCAAAAAGGUUCCAGAUGAUGAUGUAUAAACCAUUAGUUAUUCUCACUCAUGAAGCUAUAACUGCUAACUGCUGUGGUUUAAACAAGUGUGCCUGUCUAGUUUGUGCUUAUCGGCAUUUUGGAUACAACUGUAUUCGAGGUGGUGUGCAUUAGUCUUGGAUUGGCACUGAAAUAAUAAUUGACACUGGUUGGGAACACAGAAAACGAUUUGUUUUAUUUGGUCAUAUGUUAUUUUAAGGCAAAGUUAACAUUGUUUUAGGUGUCUUUGGUCCAAGACUAGGGUUUAAUGGGCAGUCCAGUUCCUUGUUUACCACUGGAGGUCAAGGAAACAUAUUGACACAAUUAUGAAUGGUUUCACAGCUGCCAAUCCCAAGCCUAAUCAAAUAUGACAGUUUAUGUUAGCACAUAAGGCUAAUUAGCUUUUUUUUACCCCCUGUUUUUUUACGACGAAUACUAUAAUAUAGUUUUUAUAAUGGUUCAUCUUGGAUAAUGUUAAAGGCUUCUGGAAUAAUGUCAGUGUCAGGUUAGGAUUAAAAUAUUCUAAAUGACAACAGUUGGAACCCUCAUGUUCACGAUGGGUGUCAUCUUAGUUUUAUGCAAACCUCUUCAUAUAAAGUGUUACUGGACAUUGUUGACCUCCCUGAUUACAGUCUUCAUGCUAAGUUAAGCACAGUUCAUUAGUUUUUGUUUUUACCUCUCCAUAAUAUUACUUUAUUAGUAAAUGAUAAAGUUAAGUCCUGGUUUUAUCCCUUUUCCUCUACACAUUCUCUACACCUGUUAGUUCCUAUCCCUACUUACAUGUUGAGACGCUGGUUCAACCCCAUAUGUCGUUUCACUAGCUGGGCCCACGUCCUCAUUUUAGGUUUGGCAGCGUUUUUAGUAGAUUAAGGCGAAUGGCUUAAUUAAGAAUUGAGCUAUGGUUUGGGGAAGGCCUCGAUGGGGACUGGCGGCAACUCCCAGGCCUGGCAGAUCCCCAUGUGAAGAAGUGAAAGACUUGGAAAAAAGGGUGGAGCACAAAAACGAGAAGGAACAGCUUGUAGAACUGGAGAGUCAUAAAUAGAUAAGACCCGAAAGGGGCGUGUUUGGAGGGGUGGUCCCGCUCCUGAAAUUCAGAUAAUUUAUCUCCAAAAUGCUAAUGUAAAAACUUGGGUUUGAAUCUGCCCUGGGUCAUUUGCUCUGCCUCUUCCUUUGCUCUCUUAUCGUCUGCACUGUCCUUCCAUAAUAAAAACUACAAAUCCCCCUAACAAACUUCCAUGGUUUAAAUAAGCUAAUUAGCUUCAAGCGUCACAUUUGGCUAAUGUACAGAUAUAAGAGUGGUAAUAAUCUUCUCACUGGCUCUGGCAGUGAAGCAAAUAAGCACAUUUUUGCAAAACGCAUCUUUGAGAAUAACACUCAAACCUGCUCGUCUCACAGCGCAGUGUCUUUCACAUACGUUUGUCGUCCUCCCUUUAUCCUCCACCCCACUUCCUCCCAGAACUCCUUAUGUAAUGAAAUAUUCUAAAAAGAUCUUUCUAACUGCUGUCAAGCUAGAACAUUACAAUAUAUCACAUUAAAGGUUGGUUAUAAUAUCACAGAUGUUUGUAUGCCAUUCAUGUUUAAAUUGAGCGUGUGAUUUAAUGUAGUGGUUUGGUUUGUAAAUAUUAUAGAUAUUUGGGCUCACAUUAUGCAUCACACAUUUGAUGUAUAAGAUGAAGCACAUUUUAUCCCCACUGCUAUGUAAUACCACGUGUGACGGUCACAUUUGUGUGUGCGAGACAAAGGGCGAGUGUGUCUGUAUAUUUGUAUAUGUUUAUCUAUGUAAGAAAGGGACUGCGUGAAUGUAGGCAUCUAUCUCUUUAUGUGAGCGAGUGUGUCUGUGUGCAUUAGGGUCUGCAGGUUGCUUAUAUGCUAUCGAUUAUAAAUAACAUUUUCACUGUAGAUAUGAGUGCAUUUUUCCAGUCUUUGACGUUGAUUUACAUUUUUCUAGAAGAGGUUUUUUUUUCAUUCUGCACUGUAACCUUUGACAAUAUAAAAGAUGGACGUAACUACUGUGACAUCAACUCAACAGUUUCCAAAGUUGUGAUUUGAAGCUUUGAGAUGAACGUUUCCACUGUUGCAGCCUUGGUUGCAAGAAAUUGGAUGUGAUGACAAACGGGUGGGUCUGACUAUGACACUGCUUGCUCAUUGGCUACUGACUGGUAAUUGACAAUUUAACUGAUGAGAUGUUUUGAAACAUGGUAUGAGAAAGUUUUAAAAAAUUAAUUCAUUUUUAUUUACCCAAAUCGAGCGACUAAGAUAAUGAACUCAGCGACAAAGUGUUUACAGAGCUCAAGGAAGAGCCCUUCACGGGACAGGAAGUGUUUUUUGCAACCGCAGCUAUCGUCAUCUGGUGGCCUUCAGAUAGAAUACAGGUUUUUAGGCACUUCCACAUUGGCUUCAUUUUUUCUGACCAGGAAGCUAUGUCCAUCUUUUUUAUUGUCUAUGACUGUAACACAUGAUGAAACACAUGUAUGGUCCCCAUAUCUGUAGAUACAAACCAUGAAGCAAUCAGUAGCCAUCUUUCAUUGCGCUUGUAGUGUUUUAGUGAACUGCAUGCAAGAAGUGACUACUGUCCGCUCAUAUGGUAAUAUAAUUUCAAAGCCAAAAGAAUAAAGGACAUAUUUUUUGUAAA